AUGCGAACCGGCAAGGGUUCCGAGGUAUCCGGACCAAGAGGGUUACGGAUGGGAGGUUCAGGGUUCCUUAACAAGAGGUUCAGGUUCCUUAUCAAGAGGUUUAGGGUUCCUCAUAAGGCAUUCCGGACUAAGAAGGUUUCCGGACAAGAGGUUCAGGGUUCCUUAACAAGAGGUUCAGGGUUCCUUAUCAAGAGGUUUGGGGUUCCUCAUAAGGCAUUCCGGACUACGAAGGUUUCCGGACAAGAGGUUUCUGGACAAGAGAUUCAGGGUUCCUUAACAAGAGGUUCAGGAUUCCUUAUCAAGAGGUUCAAGGUUCCUCAUAAGGCAUUCCAGACUAAGAAGGUUUUUGGACAAGAGGUUCAGGGUUCCUUAACAAGAGGUUCAGGAUUCCUUAUCAAGAGGUUCAGGGUUCCUCAUAAGGCAUUGCGGACUAAGAAGGUUUCCGGACAAGAGGUUCAGGGUUCCUUAACAAGAGGUUCAGGAUUCCUUAUCAAGAGGUUCAGGGUUCCUCAUAAGGCAUUCCGGACUAAGAGUGUACUUGGAGAGAUUUGA